UCUUGCUCUCCCCCCUCUCCCUUUCUCUCCCUCGCACACACACACUCAGGCACAUACACAUACCCCCAGUCACUGACAUUCCUCUCUAGUCACUGUGUGGGGAAAGGACAGAGCCUGUUUGAAGCCUGGCGCUACGCUGGAAAGCCUCUCACUAAAAGGCAAAGAGGACCCAGAGGAAGAAGGAGCAAGUGCCUUUUGGAACCCCCACAGGACGACAUACCACAUAUAUACUUUAUAUAACACACUCUCUCUCUCACACACACACACACACACACACACACACACAUGUACGACAGCUACUAUAAAACAUCAUAUCUAUAUUUACAUAGUCACAAUAGAACACAUGUGCAACAUUUCCUGGAAAAUUUUGAGUUUCCCCAAAAGGCAAGAGUCCGGAACAUAGCUUGUGCAUGACCAGAAAAAGACAGUGAUGCCCUUUCGGACUUGGUUCCUGCUAGACUUGUGCAUCAGUACUGUCCAGUUCAAUGGACACUAGAUGAUCUGGAUUGAUGAUAUAUCCGACAGUCUUCUGAUUCAGUCAGUGGGGGGCGCAUAUUUCAAAGAAGGACACACAUUAACGAAGAUGCAAUAAAGAAGACCUACUAAAGAAGCUAACUUUUUUGCCUUUUCCCUGUUUUCUGCGACAAUGUCAUGGGAAAAGUUUACCUGUCAUUUGGUCUCCCUGGCAGCGCUCCUGAUUGCAGUGGACUGCGGUGCUGCAGAACAGCGCAGGGGCGCAGAGGGCGGUGUCAGCAACGCAGGCGGCAGCGGUAGCACCAGCAGCAGUAGUAGGCGCUACAACCGCAUCCAGCACGGGCAAUGCACCUACACCUUCAUCCUGCCAGAGAACGACGGCAGCGGCUCUGCCUGUCGGGAGGCCAAAGCUGGCGGACAGUACAAUGCCAAUGCGCUCCAAAGGGACGCCCCACAGGUAGAGCAAGAAUUCUCCACCCAAAAGAUCCAGCACCUGGAGCAUGUGAUGGAGAACUACACUCAGUGGCUUCAGAAGAUUGAAAAUUACAUUAAAGAGAGCAUGAAGAUGGAGAUGGCACAGCUACAGCAGAGCGCGGUGCAUAACCAUACAGCAGCCAUGCUGGAGAUGGGCACCAGUCUUCUGUCUCAGACAGCCGAGCAGACACGGAAACUGACAGACGUUGAGACACAGGUUCUGAAUCAGACGUCAAGACUUGAGAUCCAGCUACUGGAGAACUCUCUGUCCACCAAUAAACUGGAGAAGCAGCUCCUGCUCCAGACCAAUGAAAUAAGCAAACUUCAUGACAAGAAUGGGUUCCUGGAGCAGAAGAUGCAGGAGAUGGAGUCCCGGCACCGGGAGGAGCUGGAGGCCCAGCGUGAGGAGAAGGGGAGCUUGCAGGAGCUCGUGGGCAAGCAAAGCAGCGUGAUCCGAGAGCUGGAGACGCAGCUGGGCCACGCCACCGGCAACAACACCGCCCUGCAAAGGCAGCAGCAGGACCUGAUGGACACCAUGCACAGCCUGCUCACCCUCUGCUCCAAGGGAGGAGUGGUCCCAAACAGCACAAAACAGGCAGAUGAGGAGAGGAAAUUUCGGGACUGUGCUGACCUCUUUCAAGCGGGGUUCCACAAGAAUGGUGUCUACACUAUCCACAUUAACAUGCUGGAGACCAAUAAGGUGUACUGCAACAUGGAGUCUGCCGGAGGGGGCUGGACAGUGAUCCAACACAGAGAAGAUGGCAGCUUGGAUUUUCAGAGGACCUGGAAAGAGUAUAAGAUGGGCUUUGGAAGUGUAUCAGGGGAGCACUGGCUAGGAAACGAGUUCAUCUACCUCCUCACCAGCCAGAGGCAGUAUUCCCUACGGGUGGAGCUAACAGACUGGGAUGGACAGCAGGCCUUUUCCCACUAUGACAGGUUUCACAUUGGGAAUGAGAAGCACAACUACAGAAUGUUCCUGAAGACACAUAGUGGAACAGCUGGCAGACAGAGCAGCUUGGUGAUCCAUGGGGCAGAUUUCAGCACCAAGGAUGUGGACAAUGACAAUUGCAUGUGCAAGUGUUCUCUCAUGCUAACGGGUGGUUGGUGGUUUGAUGCCUGCGGUCCCUCCAACCUUAACGGGAUGUAUUAUACCAAGGGGCAGCAUGUUGGGAAGCUCAAUGGCAUCAAGUGGCAUUACUUCAAAGGCCCGAGCUACUCCCUUCGCGCCACAACCAUGAUGAUCCGUCCAUUUGAAGUCUGAGAGAGACCCCUUCUUCCAGUAACACUCAACGGCACUGUCAAGGCUUGUGGAUUAUAAAGGAAAUAUCAACAACAUUUUGCAGAAAUGCUUUUCCAUGUAAAGGACCAGGACAUUGUGAAAGACGGUUGUCUUAAAGUUACUGAACUUACAGAGCCAGAUUUGAUCUCAAGGAUCAAGUUCUUUUUUCCUUCUCUUUUUCACGGAGGGAGGGGGUGGUGUUAGGGAAGAAAAAUGUUGCCCCAACUUUAUUAUCUUGUUACGUUUUCAGUGUUAAGCACUGCCAUUCCGGCUUUACUCUUGAACUCUGGGCUUCUGUUGAGAACAAAACUGAACAGUCAUAACUGAACGAGGCCUGGCUGGAGCCACAAGUAUUUGUUCUUUCAGCUUUAUUUGUUUGCACUGCCCAAUGUUAACAGUGCCAAAUUUGAGACGUGCACAUAAACAAGAAAAUAAACCAUGGUUUUCCUAAGGCUUUUGGGGUUGAUGCAAAAUGGCAUUCUGAAUCAGAACAUUAUGAUUAAUGCUCUUUAUUUUUAUACAACAGUCUGAAAUGUUUGACGUACAGUUUGACAUUUUUAUACACAGUCUUCUACAAACAGAAAGGAAAUGAAGAACUGCACAAAGGAUUACAAGAUCAUUUUCUGUAGUUCAUAGAAGGACAAUUUUAGUGACUUAGUGCUACAUAUGAACUUUGAACAGGAUGCACGGUUUAACCAAUGUGGACUGAUAAUUCCUAAGCCAUAACUACCAUGUUGUUAUUGAAUCACUAAUAAGGAAGUUUGUAUACUCCACUGUGUGACUGCUUGUGAGCUUCUUUGAGACCCAAUAUUAUAUAAGUAUAUGUUGUUUCCUUCUUCUCAGUUUUCUAAUUUGAGCAAAUGUGAAAAGGAACACAUACCUGUACACAUGAGUGGGCCAGUAUUCCUUACUGCCAUUUUUUUAACUGGUAACCAAUUCAAGAGGAAUAGAAAAUUUUAUGUCCCACGUCAUAUUUGUGUAUUGAUGUUAAUUUAUAGGCAAUUUGUGUCUUUGUUUUGAUUGUUUUUAAACUAUUGACUUUUUAAUUAGUUUUUCUUGAAGAGCAUUUUAAUGAUAUAAAAUCCAGUAUUCCAGCUGAAAUGUGUGUGUGGGGAAAUUGCACUGUGAAUAUGAAUGGAGGAAGAUGAGGGUAAGGAUGAAUAAUGUACCUACCUUCUGCCACUGUUACUCUGAUGUACAUUACAGUAAAUUAACUCAGUUGACAGAAUGUAGAAGAAAAACCUUAUUUCAUUUCCUAUUUAAUAAAAGUGUUUAACCACCUAGUCAUUGAAAACCUAAAACCUAACCUAAAACCUUCCAAUUUAUUAUAAAUAAAUAUUAUUGGUGCAGGGGGGUCCUUACUACUGUCUAUGUCAAAAAUAAAAUGGUAAAUAUGUAAUCACAAAAUAAUAUUAAAAAAAAAAAAAAAACUAUUGGUCUCCUAUUUUCAAAGAGGUCCAUGAUGUGUUAACAGCGAACGGCCAAGACUAGGCUUUGUUUCUGAAGCUCUCUUCCUGGUCUUGUUAAAAGAAAUUGCUCUCUAGCGCCAGUAUGGUUGGCUCCAGUAUAGGUUUUCCAGCUACCCAUUUCAAUGUUAAGCUAAUGGUACCAUUACAGUCAAAAUAUUGCUUUGAGAAGCCCAUGGAAAGUAAAUGGGUGACAUCAGAGUGACUUUGUCGACAUUUUUUCUAAAGUUUAUUUAUGGUUGACAGUGAUUCUGGUACUGUAGAUAGAGUAAAUCUGACGUCAGUGAAUUACUCUGCCUUAUCACAAAGCAUGGUUGUCCUCAGGGACAAAAAUGACCCGAUCCUGAGUUUAACAGCAAUGAAAACCCCCCAAAAUGUUUUGUUUUUUUUCAGCAUGAAAUUUGAUAACUUCUUUCUGGUGUGACCCUACCAUUCGGAAAAGUUAAAUAUUGCCCUUUUUAUAUUUUUAAAAAGUGGUACACCAUCAGGUAUAAAUAUUGUCUAUUGAGUCUUUAUUUAACCCUGCAGUAAUGAAUCAGAGGUUAUCAUUAAAGUUAAGCACCACACAUAUAUUACAACAACAACAACAAAAAAAGGAUUAUGUGUUUUGUAAAAAGGAGUGGUGUAGACUGAAGAAAUAGUCUCUCUGGACAGUGAAGUUGGUAUUUAUUCACCGAUUUAUUGAUGAAUGACAGGCUAUUUCUAAAUAAGUAAAAAUUUGAUUUCAAUUUUAAAAUUCAAUGAGGAGGCUUAAUCACAGGGGGUUCAGUUCAGGUGCGUCAUAUUUGACCCAGUGGUCACAGGUUCAUACAUAAUAUGAAGACAACACAAGGGUUAACAAAACAGCAUCACUGCUAUUGUAUACCACUAAAGUGUAUACAUUUGUAUACCCAAAUGUAUACAUUACUAUUUUACAGCUACCAGUAUAAACAUAUGGGCGAGAUUAUUUUAACAAUUUGUGUAUUAUUUAAAUUGGUUUAACUACAUAGUUGAUUCACUAUUUUUCUAAACAGUCAUUUUAUUAAGAGUGGAUGUAUUAUCUGUACACCAUAAAAAUAGCCUCAAUUUCUAGCCUUAAUACCUGUGAUAUGUUUUUUCUUUUAUAACAUUCUUACUUGUGAUUACUUUUGGACUUGUAGAAUGGUGUAGAUAAAAACAUUGUAAGAAUAAGUAUUUUUUUUAUAUCAUUAAAAUGUAAAAGGAAGACAUUCUAAUCAGGUUCAAUAAAAAAAAGGUUUUAGGCAGAAAAAAAUAUAAAGCCCUAGCUGAUAAUACAUGAAGAACAGUGUCCUUUGAGUAAUGCAGCAUCACAACCAAUUUUCACAUCAACUGUGUAAUAAAGUUUAUACUGAUGUACCAGUAUUGUAAUGGAGGAAUGCAAUUAUAAGGAGAGAAAGCUUUGAUUUUCAAGAUAUAAAGGUGUAAUGCAAAAGCAAUAACUUCACAGUAAUAUAACAUUGCAAUUUAAAGAAAAAGUUCACUUUAUGGAUAUUUUUAAACCAAGUUUUUUGAUUGGCUCUGACUGUUUUGUUUGUAAGUUAUAGAGGGUAUGCACAUGACGUCACCGCAGGCGAAGUGCUGCGGUUACACCCACUGAGUGGCAGAAAGACCAUGAGUGAUAGCGUUAGCAUUCAGCUUGAAUGCCGCGAAGACACAAAAAACAUCUAAAACGGGAAAGAGCUGUUGUGCGAUUGACUGUACAAAUAGAUUCAAUAAUAAAUCGUUGCUAUCUUUUUACAGACUGCCGAAAGCUAAAGAAAAGAGAAGCAGAUGGAUCGCUGCAAUUCGCAGAAACAACUGGAAUCCAGGCACUGAAACGUGGAUUUGCGGUUGUCAUUUUGUGUCAGGUAGGCUAUGUUGGAUUUUUGGGUAAAAUCAUACCUUAAGUUAUGUACUGUAUUGACUACUCAUCAAUUAAAUAUUUAGCAUCUUUCAUUUAUAUUCUGUGUAACUGUAAAUGUUUUGUCAGCAUUUAUUAAAAAUAAUCCAUGAUGAUGAGCCUUGUGCUCUACAAACAAAGGGGGGAUGGUUAGAUUGUAUUAGCUAGCCAAACAUAUGAACUAUUAAGGUAUGAUUUUACCCAAAAAUCCAACAUACCUGACUCAAAACAACAACCGCAAAUCCAAGUUUCGGUGCCUGGAUUCGAGUUGUUUCUGCGAAUAGCAGCGAUGCAUUUGCUUCUCUUUUCUUUAGCUUUCGGCAGUCUGUAAAAAGAUAGCUCCGAUUUCUUGUUGAAUGUCCACGGACCACUGGUUCUUUGGUAAGUUGUAAGGAUCACUGUCGAGUCCAACUGCCUUUAAUUUAAGCAGAUAAUCGUUCGUUUUACCCCUGGUUUUGCUGUUUCCUAUAGCAAAGACAGCCAUGUCGCAGCAUGUUUUGCCACUUAGUCCCGACUGAGGGGGCGUGUUCCGGUGGGAAAGUGACGUCAAUGCAUACCCUCUAUUGUGCCAUUCAGUCCGGCGGUGAACCGGAUCGGCCUCAGCUGCAUCGGCAGGUGGACAGAGCACACACAACUGGGUUGCGUUAAUUAAUCAGCCCAGGUGCUUAAAGGUGUGUUCCUCUCCACAGUUUUGGGCCGAGACCGGGAGCUCACACCAAGAGCGUGUUUCUUUAAACAUGACGGGGGGAAUUAAACCUCCACUGAGAAGUAGGAGGAGAUGGAAAGCGGGCCUGCUACAAGCGGCGAACUGAAAUAGUUGUCGCUCUAAUUUACUUUCUUAUGUCUUUGUUAUAUUAAUUUGUUGUUUCAGUAUAUUGUUUUGGUGUCGAAACCUGGGAGAGAGCGGUCUCGGCGUAAGCUGAAUUAGCCUUCGGCUGCAUUCUGGGUUUGGAGGUGUGUGGCAUUCGGUCCGGCAGUGAACCGGAUUGGUCUUGGCUGCGCCGGCUGGUGGAGAGAGCACACGCACCUGGGUUGCGUUAAAUAAUCAACCCAGGUGCUUAAAGGUGUGUUCCCCUCCACAGUUCAGGGCCGAGACCAGGAGCUCACACCGAGAGCGUGUUUAUGAUUUUCGUUUCAUUUUGGUUUUAGCUUUGUUUCUGAGCACACAUGAUGGGGAAAAGGUAAUCCACCUCUGAAAAGCUGGUCUGUUGGAAAGUUGGCCAGCUACAAGCAGGGAACUGAAAUAGUAGUUUUGCUUUCUUUUGUCUUUGUUAUUUUAGGUUUUUGUUUUAAUUCAUUGUUUUUCAUUUAUAUAUAAAGUUGUUGUUCAUUUAUAUACAAAGAGGAUGCAAACCUCUCAUCAGCAGCAAGGAUCAAAAGACCAGAUUAAAUUUAGCCAAAAAUGGACAGAUGAGACCAAAAUAUACCUUUACCAAGGUGAUGGAAAGCCUGCUUCUGGAACAUGUUCACUCAUCAUUGUUGAUGAUUUAACAGAGGCAGCAGUAGGAUAAAUUCAGAAGUGUACAGACAGAUUUUGU